CCUUUAUAAGCGGCCGGGGCCGCGCUGGGGCCAGCGGAGCGCAGGGCGCGGGGCUGCACCCCGCGCGGAGCCAGCCGGGCCCCUCGUCCUUUGUGCCCGGGCGGCCGCCCCGGGGAUGCGGCCGAGCUAGGAGCCAGGUCCAGGAUGGGGUUCCUGUCCCUCCACACCGCCAGCCUCCUGAUGUUCCAGACGCUUCUGCUGGUGGCUGGGGAGCAGGGCGCCCAGGACGACGCCGAGAAGGGGCUGCACUUGCAAAAGAUGGGGUCCGGGCCAGUGCGGGCAGCUCUGGCCGAGCUGGUGGCCCUGCCCUGUGUCUUCACCCUGCGCCCGCGGCUGGGUGACACCCAGGAUGCCCCGCGGAUCAAGUGGACCAAGGUGCGGACGGCGUCCGGCCAGCGCCAGGACUCACCCGUGCUCGUGGCGAAGGACAAGGUGGUGAGGGUGGCCAAGGGCUGGCAGGGACGCGUGUCACUGCCCGCCUACCCCCGGCGCCGGGCCAACGCCACGCUGCUGCUGGGGCCACUGAGGGCCAGCGAUGCCGGACUGUUCCGCUGCCAGGUGGUGAGCGCAAUCGAGGACGAGCAGGACCUGGUGCCCCUGGAGGUCACCGGUGUCGUGUUCCACUACCGGGCCGCCCGGGACCGCUACGCGCUGACCUUUGCCGAGGCCCAGGAGGCCUGUCGCCGCAGCUCGGCCACCAUCGCGGCGCCCCGGCACCUGCAGGCCGCCUUCGAGGACGGCUUUGACAACUGCGACGCCGGCUGGCUCUCCGACCGCACCGUGAGGUACCCUAUCACCCAGUCCCGUCCUGGUUGCUAUGGCGACCGGAGCAGCCUGCCAGGGGUGCGCAGUUACGGACAGCGGGACCCGCGAGAACUCUACGAUGUCUACUGCUUUGCGCGCGACCUGGGGGGCGAGGUCUUCUACGUGGGCCCCGCCCGCCGCCUGACUCUGGCCGGGGCGCGGGCCCAGUGUCGCCGCCAGGGCGCCGUGCUGGCGUCGGUGGGGCAGCUGCACCUGGCCUGGAACGAGGGCCUGGACCAGUGCGACCCGGGCUGGCUGGCGGACGGCAGCGUGCGCUACCCGAUCCAAACACCGCGCCGGCGCUGCGGGGGUCCGGCCCCGGGCGUGCGCACCGUCUACCGCUUUGCCAACCGCACCGGCUUCCCCGCGCCCGGCGCGCGUUUCGACGCCUACUGCUUCCGAGCUCAUCACCCCACACCACAACACGGAGACCCUGAGACCCCCACCUCUGGAGAUGAGGGGGAGAUUCUGUCGGCAGAAGGACCACUGGCCAGAGAAUCAGAACCCGGCCCCCCAGAGGAGGAGCCCAUCACCCCUGACUUCCAGGAGCCUCUGGUGUCCAGUGGGGGGAACGAGCCCCUGAUCUUGGCAGAGAAGCAGGCGCCCCAAGGGACCCCCAGCCCUGCCCCCGGGGUCCCCACGCUGGCCUCACCCCCAGCUCUGGAGGCUGAGGGGUUGUGGCUGACCACGGCGGCCCCGAGCCCCAGCAGCCUGGCAGUGGGCUCUGCAGCCAAUGUGCCCACUGAGGCCGCCCCAGCACCCAGGAGGCGGGGGCGCUUCAAAGGGUUGAAUGGACGCCACUUCCAGCAGCAGGAGCCUGGGCAGGGGCUGGAGGGGGGCCUCGAGGCCAGCACCUCGCCCCCCACCCUGGGGGCUGCCGGGAACCACGUGGAGGCUGUCCCGGCCCCCCAAGCCACGGAGGCCUCUGUGGGCAGCCGGAGCCCAAACCCCUGGGCCGUCCUGACCAACGAGGUGGACGGACAUGAAGCCCAUUCCCCUGGUGGCAGGAAACCCCCAGAGAUCUGGCUGUGGCCCCCGACCCUGGACCCGGCCAGCAUCUCAGGCCCCGGCAGGGACCCCCCUGGACUGGAGCUCAGGGAAGCUGAGGACCCCGGCACGAGGCCAGUGGCAUCUGACCGUCCCCGUCACCCCACGGAGGCCACCAGCCUGGAGACCAGCUCGGCCACCCAGGAGGGUUCCCCAACAGCCACGUCCUCAAACCUCCCUGUCGUGGCCAUGCUGCGUGCCCCCAAAGCGUGGCUUCCCACCCAGCCUGCACCCCUCCCCACGGGGGGCGGUGGGGUCGAAGGACACGGCGAGGUCAAAGCCAGUUCCCAGGAACCCAGUGACCCAGACACGUUUCCCCUGACCCCCUCCUCGGGCCCAUCGGGAGCAGGAGGAGAGGCCACGGACACGCAAGCCGGAGUCGGCCCUGACCCCACCAGGGCAGAUGCUGGAGAAAGCGGGGGGCCCAGUCCGGCUCCAUCCAGCAAAGCCGAGCUCCCCGGAUCCAGAGCACAGACUUUAGUGGCCGCAAACAUGGUAGCCAAGCUCACCCCCUCCCAGACUGCCACUGAGCCCGCGGGGGUCCAAGACCCCUUGAGUUCUGGGUCUGGCGUCCUCCAUACAGCAGGGAGCCCCACGUCUGGCCUGGAGGCCACCGCAGAUGGGGUGGAGAGCACGUGCCCCCCACUGGACACUGCAGGGUCGGAACCCCCUUCUCCAGCCGCCCCCUCGGGGGGGCCUGGAGUCACCCCAUUUGACAGAGCAGAAAACCCGAGUUUGGAGGCUGGGGAAGUCAUGGCCGGUCCCCUGGGAGCCACACCUGACCCUGGAGACGCUGGUGGAAUUUGGGGUCCUGGAUCCCACGUACCUGAGGGAGCCAGAAGCCCCACUUUGAGCCCCGAGGCAGCUGCGGAGACAAGCAUGGGCGUGUCCCUCACAGCCCUGAGGCAGGAGGACCACAUUGGGGUCCUGGCCACAUCCCCACUGGCCUCCCUGAGUCCCCAGCCGCACCCAGAGCCGGAGGCCGAGGUGGCCCGGGGGACGCUGGCAGCAUCGGCCCCUCCGCAAGGGAGCAGCUCCCCGGGGGAACCGGCUUCUCCUGCCUGGACACCAUCUGGGGGUGAGACGGCCUCAGUUUUCUUGGGGGAGCCCACAGCCUCGUGGGACCCCCCUGGCACCCUGCUGCCCGGCUCCCUGGGGCCCAGGGAGUUUGAUCUGGUGGACGUGGCCGGGGCCCCAGGUGUGGAGAGCUUCUGGGAGGAGGCGGCCAGCGGAGAGGAGCUGGCCCUGCUGGGGUUCCCUGCAAACAGGAGCAAAGAAGACGCCCCUUCCGAGCCCUGUGAGAACAACCCUUGCCUGCACGGGGGCACCUGCAAGGCCAAUGACACCGUGUACAGCUGUAGCUGCGACCAAGGCUUUGCCGGGGAGAACUGUGAGAUCGACAUUGACGACUGCGUCUGCAGCCCCUGCGAGAAUGGAGGCACCUGUGUCGACGAGGUCAAUGGCUUCGUCUGCAUUUGCCUCCCCAGCUACGGGGGCAGCCUCUGCGAGAAAGAUACGGAGGGCUGUGACCGCGGCUGGCACAAGUUCCAGGGCCACUGCUACCGCUAUUCCGCCCACCGGCGGGCGUGGGAGGACGCCGAGAGGGACUGUCGCCGUCGAGCCGGCCAUCUGACCAGCGUCCACUCACCCGAGGAGCACAGCUUCAUCAACAGCUUCGGGCAUGAAAACACGUGGAUCGGCCUGAACGACAGGAUCGUGGAGCGAGAUUUCCAGUGGACAGACAACACGGGGCUGCAAUAUGAGAACUGGAGGGAGAACCAGCCGGACAAUUUCUUCGCGGGUGGUGAGGAUUGUGUGGUGAUGGUGGCACAUGAGAGUGGGCGGUGGAAUGACGUGCCCUGCAACUACAACCUCCCCUACAUCUGCAAGAAAAGCACGGUGCUGUGUGGCCCCCCUCCGGCAGUGGAGAACGCCUCGCUCAUCGGUGCCCGCAAGGCCAAGUACAAUGUCCAUGCCACUGUACGCUACCAGUGCAAUGAAGGAUUUGCCCAGCACCACGUGUCCACCAUCCACUGCCGGGGCAACGGCAAGUGGGAGAGACCUCAAAUUGUCUGCACCAAACACGGUCCCAUCGCAUGCGCCGACAUCACCAUCACCACCAGCACCACCACCAGCAUCACCACCACAAAUCACGCAAGGAGCGCCGAAAACACAAGAAACACCCAGCGGAGGACUGGGAGAAGCAAGAAGGGAAUUUCUGCUGAGAAAAAGAACGCGGCAAAAGAAAGCACAACUCCCCCUCCCACAAGUCCUCUGGAGCCUCCACCUGGGGAGACAGAGCCCAGAGCCAGUCGAGAUGGUCCCGAAAUUCCUGUGCCCCGAGCCACACGCCCCCUUCCCCCCACAUACUCCUUUUGUAAAAAGCUCCCCUCUCCUCUUUCGUGCACACACGAGGUCCUCUUGGCAGUUGUUGCUGUGUGUCUGAAAAGUCAAUUCUAGUCGGGCUGAACUCUGGGCGGAUCUCCCAGGUGAGGGCAGCACAAUCAGCAAAUAUCAUUGUUUGCACUGGUUUGGUCUUUUGUUUGCAAGGCUGAUUGCCGGUUGUUGACACAGCCUUUCAGGAGGCACCUGGAGAGUAUGUUUGAAUCCACACUGAGGAAUUGCUUUUCACACCAGAGAUUCAGGCUCAGUAAACCGUCGGGCGUCCCUGAAUGCGGGCUGGAGCCUUUAUUUGAGGUCAUUAGCUGUGGGAGAAAAGGAUGGAACAAAACUUGAUGAAGGCUCUCUCUUUGGUCUUGGGUCUUGGUGGGUAAACGUGGGAAGGAGCUCCCGUGUCCUGGAUUUUAGGAAUGCUUUUAGAAGCCUCCCUCCAAGCCCUUCGAGUUAGGGGUUGGAAUACAAGGAUAGGAUCCGAGGGAAAGUGUAUUGCAGACCCUCCCAAGCCUAGUCCGGCACUGAGAUUUGGCGGUUUCGCUUCUGAGGAUAUUUGGGGCCUGCUGAGCCCUGAUUCUUCCCCCUCCACGUCUCAGGGAGACAAACAACCUCCUCCGCAGACCAAGGAGGUGCCAAAUUUUCUAGCCCAGUCCCCGUCUCUGCCUCGAGUAGUUAACACACCUGCCCGGGGGCGUAUUGCCGAGAGGUGCACAGGGUUAAAACUGAAAUACACGCGCACACACAUGCAUUUUUCUCCCCAAGUUUUAAUUUUUUGAGUGGGAAAAGACUCGCCUCGCCUUUCUCCCCCAAGUCUGCAAACUGUCAAAGGCCUCCUCCAGCCCCCUGCUCUCUUGCAGGAGCUUUGUUUCGUGCUUUCUCCACUCUUGCCAACUUCCAGUGUGGGUGAAGUCUGUGCAUCAGUGUUAAAAACCACAGCGGAGAGUGGCCCUUGCAGAAAAAGCAGAUGCAGGGUCCGCCUAAGGGUUAGGUAGAGAGAUAUAUGUGUGGUGGAACCUAUAUCCCCCUUCAGAAAUGAUACUCAUAGCUGACAGGCGUGGAGUGGGUGCAGGUUCAAGCCUUCACACUCUACCUCCUUGCGUCGUCUUGGCAUUCCAGCGACUUCAAGCCGUUAUUUUCCCGUUAUACCCACAAGGGAGAGCCGAGGUGCAGACAGGGGAAGGCCCUGGCGUGACUGGUCCACAGCCAGGAGGGACAUCGAGAUUCAGACCCGUCUCUUUCUGGCUCCAAAUAUACUUCUUUCACCGGGGAAGGGCUUGAAAUGUAAGCUCAGUUUCUCUCGUGCACGAGCAGAUCUGGGACAUGAUCGAGAAGUGCAAGCAAACCCUUCCUUCGCUGUGUCUUCAGUCCUCCCUGUAGGAUGCACUCCGCUGUUCUACCUCAUGGUGAUCGGCGAGACCCCAGGGAUAUAGGUUUUGUCUUCUUGCUUUGAUGACUCUUCUUGGUUUUUAAAGAUAUGAUAGUAAUAAUCAUAUAACAAUAACAUCUAUGCUCACACAUGUCACAAAAUAAUUUUCCUGUGUUUGUGGGGGAAGGGGUGUCCUGGGGUGCAGGUUUUUUGGGGAGAGCUGGGUUUAUGCUCCCUGCCAGUAGCCCCCUGGGCCCCUCGCCCUGCCCCCACCCCAGCUCCGUGCCGGGAGGGAGGGGGCUCUGGUCUUUUCUAAAGUGGGUGGUUUGUGUUUUUGGUCUUUCCCUUUGGGAUACGUGUGUGCGUGUGUGUACCAUGUGUGUGGCACGCGUGGGCGUGCGUGUGCACGGAGCAGUGUCGGGUGCUGCUGACUUUGCUGUGAGUGGCAGUGCUCUCUGGGUCUCUGGUUUCUGACACUCGGUCGUUCAUGUAUUUCUUGGACAUUUUAAUAAAAUUUUUUAACAGUUCAA